AUGACUGAGGAAUCCCCAGAAGUUUCAGCUGAAGGAGUUACCAAGUUUGUAAGAGACAAAUACGAGCGUUGGCAGGCAGCUAAUAACAUGGCAUGUUGGACUGCCUCUUACCGUCCAUGCUAUGUCUCAGGAACCUUUUCAAUACGGUCCGGAUUGCUAGCUUUCGUUCAUAGUUUGGCUACAGAUGAUACACGAGGAAUCUUUUUAUGUUGGUUCUUCCUUCUAAUGACUGGCAUAUCUAUGAUUCUUUGCUGCCAGAUGAAGCAGCAAGCAUCGGUCCGUAGAACCUAUAAAAAAGAGAUGGUUGUGGCGCAAAGUACUCUUGUGCAUCUAGGUCACUCUGCUCACGCGCAACUGAGUCCUCUGAUUAUUUAG